UUCACUUAAAAGCUGAAGAAAACAAGAAAAUUCAAAAUUAAGAAAUCAAAACAAUUACAGCAUGUUUUGACAUUUUUGAGAUAAAUAUUAUUUUUUGAAAUUAAUUGAUUCUGUCUGAUUUAGAGCUUGUUUUGAAGUAAUAAUGGUUCAGACUAAUAAGUCUAAAAGUAAUCAGUGACAAACAAUUUGAGGAUAUUAUUAAUUCAUCAAAUCAACCCAGAAAAAUCAUCAAAAACUGUUUUCAUUAUGUUGGGAAGAAUCGUCAGAUCAAAAUAUUGCAAUUUUAUGCUAAGUUUAAGAUCCAUCAAUAAUGCAACAGUUAUUUUCAAUAAAGAUUUUAAUGAAUCCAGUUCGGAAGUUGGAACAUCAACAAAUCUCGUAAUAAAAUCCUUACAGACAGUUAACGUCCUUCCUGACUUGAUACAAAAUCUAUCAAAUGUGCAUAAAAAUGACAUUGAGCCAGAACAGCUGACGAAGAUAUUUAGUAAAAUUUUCGAGCUUUAUAAAAAUGAUUUUGAGCAAAAUUCACUGGACAUCAUCAAGACAACUGGAUUUAAGAACUGCUGUGCUAUACUUAAAUCUCAUGCUCCACGAAUGGUGACAAAUGAUUUAGUCAUAUGCUUAAAGACUCUAGUAAGUCUAAACUUAAAUUCUAAACAUAAAAUUGUUCAACAGCUUUUGUAUCAUAUUAAAGAGGAGAUUAAUGAACUUUCCUUAUCACAAUUGGCAUUCCUAAACUAUCUACUGUUGAAAAUGGAAUCAACACCUUUAGUGAAUGCAUUAAAAAUAGCACUUCCAAUUGUAUUUGAUCUUAAUGUAAGUCUUAAACUGAAUCAUGAAAAUCCCGAAGAAAUAAUGAAGCUACUGCACUAUGUGUCAGUCACGGAAUUGAAAAUAUCUGAUAAAAGUAUGAUGAAUUUAUUAUCAUCAAUAACUCUUCAUGGUACAUCAAUAAGCGUGCAUAAUGCUCAGACAGUUUUGUCAGCUGUCCGUAAACUUUCGUAUAGGUAUUAUGAGGACUAUGAUGUUGUGCAGAAGCUUGUCCAAAAUUGCAUUCAUGUACUGAAUAUAAAGUUUGAGGAAUCAACAUUUCCAAAAAUGGAAGCAACACUCGAGAAGUUGAUUAGGAAGUAUAAAUAUUCAGGCAUUGACGAGUUCUAUAAUGAAACAUUUUAUAAUAACUGUGCAAAGCAACUGAUUGAGAAGGAUCUUGGAUUUACUACAGCUUAUCAUGUGCUGAAAAAAUUUAAUGAAGUCAAUUUUGUUAAUUAUGAGUUAUUAAACUAUAUAGACAAGCAAAUAAUCCAAAAUCACACAUUAUUAAGCACAAUGCAUCUUAAUCAAGUGAUGAACUUAGUGGCUGCAUUCAGCACCGCUGAUUACAAAUCUGAGAAUUGGGAAAUCAUUAAAUCAAUUUUACAUGAGAAUCCAGCUCUUCAUAAUGACAUCACUAAAGGUCUGCCACAUUUAAAGUUUAUCUGUGAAUUGCUGUCUUUGGAUUUUGUCUCAAAAAUAUAUUUUGACAAGGUCCUCAAUGAGACCUUCCUGUUUGAUUUCUUAAAGCAAAAUUUAUCGAAAAAUUUCGCAAAUUUACCUCAAAUUCGAAUCAUUUAUCAGACUUUAAAGUUGUUGUAUCCAAAAUAUGACGGUAUUAUUCCUGACGAGAUGCUCUUGAACAUCGCAAAUGACGCAAUACCUACAGAAACAACUGGUAUGAAUGAAGUAACUAAAGACAUGAUGCAGAAGAUUUUUGGCACUGGAACCGCUCAAAUGAAUGUGCAGUCAAAGUAUGGACAUUUAAUAGACUUCGUAAUUUCAUUUGACACCCAAAAUAAAGCCAUUUCAUUGCCAUGCAAGGUUCAACUUUUUGAUGACAUCCCUAAAAGUCAGGUACGAUCAGUUGCUGUAUUCUUUCACUCUAGAAAAAAUUGUCCAUUGAAUUUCCCAAUUAAGCUGAGAGGAAUCAUCAGCUUGAGACGGAAAACAAUGGAAGCUAUGGGUAUUAAAGUUGUGGAUAUACCAUUACAUUGUCUAGAUCAAAUACCAGAAAGUGAAAAGCUUGAGUAUGUUGAAAGAGAAAUUCGAUAUGGUUUAGAAUAGUAAUUAAUUCUAAUAAAAAUAGUCUGAUUAUCGAUGAAUUUUUAUACACUUAAAUGUUUAAUUUCAGGCAUGAUUUUAGAUUUGAUUAUUCACUCUUAGACUGGGAGGGGUCCGAUGGGGUCUG